AUGUCUGGGACGGACGAUGACCGUCUGAGCGACAUUGAAAGCGGCGAGCACGACCCUCUGAACGGUCGCGCUGGCCUCGGUGGAUCUCCCGUGCCCCAACCCAUGCCCUCGCGCUCCAUCUAUGCCCUCACCCGAGGGGAGAUAACAAGGGGCAUCGCGAACCGCUUUGUGCACUCCCGAACGUACAUCGUGCUCUAUCUGGCCAUGGCGGCGCUCUCUAUCACCACGGUCGUGCUCAGCCUCAAGGACGGGUGUCCCGGCCUCGCGUUUUUCAUCCUCGAGAUUAUCAUCAACACGGCGAUGAUCGCUGAAGUGAUCAUUCGCUUCCUCGCGCUGGGACGGCAAUUCUGGAAAUACCCAUUCAACAUCUUCGAUCUCAUCGUGACGACCUUCUGCGCGCUGACGCUUCUCGUGCUCGCCUUCUCGGGGUGCGGCGCGGCGAGCAAAGAGGAGGAGAUCUUCGACACGCUCCUCCUCGUCGCGCGGAACGUGCUCCAGUUCGGCCGCCUCGCGUCCGUCGUACGACAAUCCGGUCAGUCGAUAUUCACUAGGCCAAAGCCGAUUGAUCUGUCCGCGGCGCGGAGGGCAGGCUACAGCCUCGACAUGGAUCUCGACGUGCCGGAGGACGACAGCGACGAGCUGCGAGCGCCGUCGGCGCGCAACCCCGUCCUGUUCGACGCGCGCGAGGAGCCACGGCCGGCAACUCGCGGCCCUAUGUCUGAUAUGCCUAGAGCAGCGCAAGCGGCCAGGGACAGAGACGAAGAAGACGUGUGGGCCGAGUUGGGCUGA